AUGGACUGGUAUUGCGCCCUAACCGAACACCUCUUGAACAAUAACAAUAUUAUGAUGGGAACGGAAUCCUUUCAAGAGAUCUUAGAAAGGCUGGAGAAGGCAGUUGUGCUGCUCUACAAGGAGCUCCUCCUCUAUCAGAUGAAGAGCGUCUGUUCCUAUUACCGGCAUCGAGGUGUUGGAUUCCUGCGCGGACUAGCGAACUUGGACGACUGGGACGGUGAUUUGGCGUGUGUUAAGGACGCCGAACUUGUCGUGCGGGAGUAUUCAGAGCAAUAUUACCGAGAGUAUCAAAAGAGCUCUCUGCGCCAGCUCGUCGACUCUGGUAGCGAAAUGGAGAAACACCUUGGUGACAUUCAUCAGAACUUGCAAGACUUUAUCGUCCAGCAAAAGACAACACGAAGGAACGAUGAGGACAAGGAAUGCCUCCAAGAUCUCUUUGCUGUGGAUCCGCAGUACGAUCUGAAGGACAUUGAGGAGAGGAAGGAUAAAUUGCUUGACGAUGCGUAUGACUGGGUCCUUAGAACCGAUGAGUACGCCGCGUUCACCAAUUGGUUCAAUGACGGACUGAACAGACCAUCCUGCAGUGUGCUGUGGAUAAACGGACCUGCCGGCACCGGAAAGACGAUGCUCUUCAUGGGGAUCAUUCGCCAGCUCUCCGGUCAGCCCUCCGCCCUUUCACCGAGCGUCUCGUACUUUUUCUGCCAAGGUACGGAUCAGACCCGGAACAGCGCAACGACCACCUUGCGAUCACUGAUUUGGCAGCUACUGGUGCAGCAACCAUCUCUUAUUUCGCACCUCCGAGACCGGCGCAGAAAUGCUGGUGCCCCUCUUUUGAGAGGCGAGCGCGCAUUUUACGUGCUAUCUGACGCUCUUCGGAGCAUGCUAAACGACCCUGGCCUCUCCCCAAUAUAUUUUGCCAUCGACGCCCUUGAUGAGUGUGACCGGAAAACCCCAGGCCUGGAGCAGCUUCUUCACCUGAUUGAUACCUCGCUUGCGCUCUCCAGUAAGGUGAAGUGGUUACUCUCUAGCCGUCCGGACGUUCUUGUUCACACAGACGGCAAGGACCUCAAGAAUCUUCAUGUGUCAAGGGUUUCGGUCACAUUGGACCCUAGGCAUUUGGAAGGCCCCGUCAACACAUAUAUUGACCAUAAGCUUGACAGCAUGAAGGGAAAAGACGGUUAUGAUACGGACACCUUGGCGCAACUUUCGGACGAAAUCCGCCGGCGAGCUAUGUCCACGUUCCUCUGGGUGGCAUUGGCGUUCAAAGAACUGGACGGAGUGGAUGGGUGGGAUGCUGUCGAGACUAUCCAAAAGAUUCCCUCUGGCUUGUCGAAUGUGUACGAACUAAUUAUGGCGCAAAUCGAGAAGGGCAGUCCGGAAAACCAAAAGCGCUGUAAGAACGUAUUAGUCGCUGUGGUUCUCGCAUAUCGUACUCUCUCGCUGCCUGAGCUCGCCGUUCUUGCUGGGUUGCAACCAAAGAUAAACCCUCGGACAAUUGUCGGGAAAUGCGGCUCAUUCCUGACAAUGUCGGGCCAAACCGUCUCCCUGAUUCACCAGUCCGCCAAGGACUAUCUCGAGGCAAACUACACAACAAGGCUGGGUAGUGGCAUCGGCCAAGGCAAUGCGGACAUCAGUGCGCGCUCGAUUAUUGCGAUGGGUUCGAUACUGAGACAUAACAUCUAUGCUCUGCCGUACCCAGGUUUUGAGUCCAGAGACGUAACGCCGCCUGACCCGGACCCGUUGGCUCCGAUACGUUACUCCUGCGUUUUUUGGGUUGGCCAUCUCUGCAAAGCAAAAGAGCUGGGCUUUCAGAACGAGCUGACCGAGGAAGGGGCAAUUCUUCGAUUUUUGAAAGAGCAUUUCCUCCACUGGCUUGAGGCAUUGAGCCUUACUGGUGGGAUUUCAGAGAGCAUCAGGCUACUGGAGGAAUUACAGACUGCGGUUGACUCCGCCAACAACACUGAACUCUCUGCGUUCCUUCGCGACAUGCAUCGAUUUAUCCGUUUCUUCCGUCAAGUGAUUGACGUAGGCCCGCUCCAGGCAUAUUUUGCAGGUCUUGUUUUUGCCCCGCAAAAAAGCCUGAUUCGGCAGACAUUUGAGAAAUUCCUACACACCUGGAUAUCUCAUAUACCCCUCCCGCAACUGGACUGGAGUCCUCGACUAUAUACGCUUGACCUUAAUAAGUCUACACCCGAAUCGGUAGCCUUCUCCGCCACCGGUGAUCGACUUGCAUCGGGCUUGAGGAAUGGCAUUAUAAAAAUAUGGGAUACAGCCACAGGUGAUCACAUGCAGACACUUCAGGGUCAUGAUGACACUGUUAAUUCAGUAGCCUUCUCAAGAAACGGAAACCUACUAGCAUCAUGCUCAGGGGAUGACACCAUCAAGAUCUGGGAUACAGCCACCGGGGAUUGCGUGCAAGUAUUCCAGGGUCAUAAUGGUCCAGUCUGCUCAGUAUCGUUCUCAGCAACUGAUGAGCAACUUGCAUCAGGGUCAGCGGAUGAGACCAUCAAAAUCUGGGACGUCGCCGCUGGCAAAUGCGUGCAGACUGUUGAGGUGAAUUAUGCAGCCAUUGCAGUAGCCUUCUCAAACACCGAUGAACGACUAGCAGCAGGCUUGGAUGGGGGCAGUACCAUUAUCUGGGACACCGUAACGGGCAAACCUAUACACAAACUUGGUACCUAUCGUGCAUUUGUCGAAUCAGUAGCAUUCUCGGCAGAUGAUAAGCGGCUUGCUUCCGGGGAAUCGAAAGGCACUAUUAAGAUCUGGGAUACAGCCACAGGUAUUUGCUUGCACAUACUUAAUGGCCAUGAGGAUGCAGUUUUCUCUGUAAGCUUCUUAGGAAACAGAAAUCAACUGGCAUCAGGCUCAUUCGACGGGACUGUUAAGAUGUGGGACACGGCCGUAGGCAAAUGCAUGCGGACGGUUGUGGGCCAUAGUACUGGGAAGAUCUUGUCAGCGUCCUUCUCAGCAAGCGGUGAUCAGUUCGCAUCGGCCGGAUUUAGUGAUAUUGAGAUUUGGGACACCGCCAUAGUCAAUAACACGACACCAAUUCAGAGCCGUACGGAACGGGUCAAGUCGGUCGUCUUCUCAGCACGUGGCCAUCGACUAGUAUCACUCUCAGGGAAACAUACUAUUAGGAUUUGGGACACAGUCACAGGCAAAUGCAUAUCCACGCUGAAGAGACUAGCUUAUGGUCCCUCGGUUGCGUCAGUAGCCUUCUCAAUGGCUGGUGAUCGAGUAGCUUCAGGCCUAUUCAACGGUGAUAUCAACAUCUGGGACGCAGUCACAGGAAAAUGCAUGCAGACUUUCAAGCACCAAGGUUAUAACCUUUCUUGGGUUCAAUCAGUAGCGUUCUCAGCAACUGGUGAGCAACUGGCAUCACACCCAAUGGGUGGCAACAUCAAGAUCUGGGACACAGGCACAGGCAAAUGCAUGCAGACAAUUGAUCGUUUUCAGGUUACAUUAGUAGCCUUCUCACCUACUGGUGAGCGACUGGCAACAGGCUUGAGGGGUGGCACCAUGAAGAUGUGGAGGACGGCCUCGAGAUAUUGUAUGUGGAAAAUUCGGGGCCAUAGUCGUCGACUAACGUCGCUGGGCUUUUCAGGAAGUGGUAAUCAACUUGCAUCAGGAUCAGAAGAUUUCAAUAUCAAGAUUUGGAACGCGGCCACGGGGGACUGCGUACAGAUGUUCAACGCCGGCACUUCUGUAUACCAACUACUUUUCGAUCCUACUUCUACAUACCUUGUCACUGAAAUUGGGCGUAUUAAGUUUGAUCUAUCAUCUCUUACACCUGUGACGGAGACAAGAGACAUGACCAAAGAACAGACCUAUAUUGAUCAAGAGAGCAAUGGAGUUCAGGACGAAGAGAAUGGUGGGGGCAACGAUAAUGAGUUGGAAGAACAGGCAGAAGGAGAGCUUGAUGCAGAGUCAUUCGCAGAGAAGGAAUCAGCCGAGACAGGCGGUCUGGCUGGCAACGAUGGUCAUUCAGAAGAAGGGCUAUUCGACGAGGAAGACCUUGACGACGAUGGAUCAGCAGCCGAUGAAUUAGCUGAUGAUAAAUCAGACGAGGAGGAAUCAGACGAGGACUUUGUGCCUAUUUCAGCUGCCUACUACUCAGAGACAGAGAUUCACGGGUACGGCCUGAGCCCGGACCGCACCUGGAUUACGCGCGACGGUUACGAUUUCAUUUGGCUACCCGCUGAAUUCCGCCCCGAGUGCUUUGCCGUACAGGGCAACACGGUUGCCAUCGGUUGUCGAUCGGGUCAGGUCCUCAUUUUCGACUUCACACCAGACGGAUAUUCGGGUGACAGUUAA